UGAUGUGGGUGUGCAUUCACUUUGGUGGGCGUGUUUCUUAAACAGAGAGAGUAGUCCCUCUUUUCACUGGCCAGCUCUAUAUUCGUUUACAACUUUCUGGAUAGCAUUUUGGGCCAACACACCCUUAUUAUAACAACUUUGGGAUUGAAUUCUGGAUAAUAAUGGAGGUGAAUGGGCGGCACUUGCCUCCAUCUAUACCAGAAGAUGGAGAGAUCUCGGACCAUGUACUUCAAGGAGAAAUGAACGGAUAUCAUCAUCGCUUUCAGGACAUGGGAGAGGCAGAGGUCCCAGUAUCCAAAUCCCAAAGAAGGAAAAGUGAUGUCAAAGUCUAUAAGGAGUUUUGUGAUUUUUAUGCUAAAAUGAACAUGGCUAAUGCGUUGGCCAAUGCCAUCUGUGAGCGCUGUAAGAGCGGAUUUGCUCCGGCCGAGAAGAUUGUCAAUAGCAACGGAGAGCUGUACCACGAGCAGUGCUUUGUGUGCGCCCAGUGUUUCCAGCAAUUUCCUGAAGGACUCUUCUAUGAGUUUGAAGGAAGAAAGUACUGUGAACAUGAUUUCCAGAUGCUUUUCGCUCCGUGCUGUCACCAGUGUGGUGAGUUCAUCAUCGGGCGAGUGAUCAAAGCCAUGAACAACAGCUGGCACCCGGACUGUUUCUGCUGCGACAUCUGCCAGGCCGUGCUCGCUGAUGUGGGCUUUGUCAAAAAUGCUGGCAGGCACUUGUGUCGCCCGUGUCAUAACCGGGAAAAGGCUCGGGGCCUCGGGAAAUACAUCUGUCAAAAGUGUCAUGCCAUUAUUGACGAGCAGCCACUGCUUUUCAAGAAUGACCCGUACCACCCCGACCACUUCAACUGCAACAACUGCGGGAAGGAGCUGACCGCUGAUGCCCGUGAACUGAAGGGGGAGCUCUACUGUCUGCCUUGUCAUGAUAAAAUGGGCGUCCCGAUCUGUGGAGCCUGUAGGAGGCCCAUUGAGGGCCGUGUGGUUAAUGCUAUGGGCAAACAAUGGCACGUGGAGCAUUUUGUGUGUGCUAAGUGUGAGAAACCUUUCCUGGGACACCGUCACUAUGAGCGUAAAGGACUGGCCUACUGUGAGACCCACUACAACCAGCUGUUUGGAGAUGUUUGCUACCACUGCAACCGUGUCAUUGAAGGAGAUGUGGUGUCUGCCCUUAACAAGGCCUGGUGUGUCAACUGUUUUGCCUGCUCCACCUGCAACACCAAGCUCACCCUCAAGGAAAAGUUUGUGGAGGUGGAUUUGAAGCCGGUUUGUAAACACUGCUACGAGCGCCUCCCAGAUGACAUGAGGAGGCGUCUGGCUAAGCGUGAACGUGACUUGAAAGAUAAGAAGAAGAAAUUAUUGAUACCCAUGAACAAGUUUGUGGAGUUUGACAUGAAGCCAGUCUGUAAGAAGUGCUAUGAGAAAUUUCCCCUGGAGCUGAAGAAACGACUGAAGAAGCUGUCAGAAACUGUUGCACGUAAAUGAAAAAUAAAAACAAUGAGACGUGCGCCCAGAUGACAAUCAUUUGAAUAAUAUUUGAAUGUUUUGUUUUGAAGAGGUCACCAUUAUUUUCAUUUCAUUUGAUUAACUUCUUAUUGUGCCUUUUAACCUUACACUUUUCUCAGAAGCUUGCCUUAUUACACUACUACAUUAUUUAUCAUGUUGCAAAUGGUCAUGUAUUUCAUAGAAAAGGACAGUCCAAUAUUAGUUUGUGCCUUAAAGGUGCACUGUGUAACUUUGCUGGUGGAGGGUUCACCUGCACCCCCUGCUUUUCAAGGUAUUUUUGUGAAAUAAAAUACCUAUAAAUUAAUACAUGCAAGAUAGAUAACUUAAAUGCCAUACUGUGGAACAUUCCAGGCACUGCAAUAACAUCCCCAUGGAGACAAGCAGGUAGCAGAAAUUUACAUAGUGCACCCUCACUAUAUAUUUAUGCCACAUAUGUGUGUAUAUAUGUUUGCCUUAUGACACCAGCUUGUAUUAAAUGUAUGUAUUAUUUGUGCACAUUUUACAUAGUAUCAUGCAUGGUUACUGUACUGUACUGGUUAAUGUAACAUAUUUUCUUUAUCCAGCCAAAUGUUACUAUAAUGAACUCACACAAUGUAUAUACAAAUCUGUAGUAGUAGCCUAUUUAUGCAAAAUAAUGACACCAAAGUUCAUUUUUAAAUAAAGUUAUUGUUAUAACUU